CCAGCGCCUCAGUUCCACACUGGUGGCAGUGACUGUCCUUAGCUGGCUCCCGGCUGCUGUGCAGGGGGUGAAGCAGCCAUAAAUGACACGGGUCACCCUGCAGUGCCAGCAGCACCCCGGCUCCCCGGGAUCACCUCACCGAGAGCACAAGCCCCGAUUGUCCCCGGGAAAGGUCCCGUGUCCCCGGGGGCCCGGAGCAGCCUCUGCCGCCGCACCAGAGCGGCACAGCCUGCGCGCUCCCUGAGGAACCUCCUGCUGCCAGAAGGGCAAUUUGCAGCCAUUAUAUGCUUUAUUUCAGAAAUUGCUUUCCCGGGACUGAAAAUAUGAAAUUUUAAUUGCCGGGUUGUGUGAGGCGAGGAGGGGGAGCGCACUGUGGGUGGAAAAGCUCUGACGGUGGAGCUCUGAGCUGCCGGCACUGGGACAACAGAGGGCACCAGAACCUCCAGCUCAAGAAGAUCAGGGGAUAAAUGAGGCACUGGUGGAGAGCUCGAGUUUAUUGUGCUUCAGCUGUGACAGCCCUGGGACAGCCGUGCCCUGCACUGACACCCGUGGAUCUCUUUCCCUGCGUGUUCUCCGCAGCGUUUGUGAGGAGCCCGCGGCCCGUGGGCCCUCAGGGAGCAGAGACAGCCCAACAUGGACAACUGCACUGACAGUGAUGCACAGCGCAGCAUUGUGGUGCUUCAGGUGGUUGUGUACAUCCCAGUGCUCGCUCUGGGGAUCCCACUGAAUGCAAUUGCCUUCUGGGUCUUCUGCUGCAAACUCAAGAGGUGGACCGAGACCAAGGUGUACAUGAUCAACCUCAUUGUGGCUGACAGUUUCCUGCUCUUCACCCUGCCUUUCCUGCUGUAUUUUACCAAGUACAAACACCCCAUAGACCAGCUAUGUUUAGCCAUACAAAACAUCUAUUUUACAAACAUGCCUAUGAGCAUCCUUAUCAUCACCCUGAUUGCGGUUGAUCGAUACAUUGCAAUCAAGUUCCCUCUAAAAGCAAAGGUUCUUCGAUCCCCACUGAAAUCAGCUUCUGUCUGUGGUUUUCUUUGGAUAGCACUGAUAAUUUAUUCCAAUUUGUAUCACACACUUCACAGUAGCUGGGAAGGUUGUUGCUUUCGGAGACAAUCUGUUACACCUAGAUAUUCCUCUUUAUUCACCAGUAUCUGCGGGUAUUUUAUUCCAUUAGGAAUUGUGAUUUUUUGCUCAGUACAAGUCAUCAGAUGUCUAAAGAAGAAGAUGGUUUCAAGUCCUCAUGAGACCAAAUUAUUCCAGAAGGCCGUGCACAUUGUUUCUGUGAAUUUGUGUGUGUUUGCUGUCUGUUUCUCACCUUUCCACAUGUCACUGCUCUUGCGGUUUGCAGUGGAAGUUGCUGGAGCACAUUCUCUGAUCCAGGGCGUUACAACCUAUCUUAAGGUCUCUGCGUGCUUAGCAAAUUGUAACUGCUGUCUGGAUGCAUUUUGCUAUUAUUUUGCAGCCAAAGAAUUCCCAGAGUUUUCUUCUAUGUUCCCCAAGUGUACAUUUAUGAGGUCCAAGAUGAACCAAAGUGAGGAGUCACAGCCACCCACGGAUCAAGCGAUAGUAUGAACAAGGUGUAGUGCACGGCUGGUGUUGAGUGCCACAAUGCUGCUCAAGUUUGGAGGCACAGGGAAUGGAACCACCUACAGUGUAUGCAAUCAUUGUAGGUAUAUGUACAAAAAGGGGAAACACCUCCAAAGGGUCUGAUGUUAACUUGAAUUUUGUCCUGCUGUCUUCAGUACCUUGACUCCAGCUCUGACCACUGUCUCCUAUCGUUGCAUCACAGCUCCAGACGCCUCCUGGUGACAGCUUGUCUUGGUUGGCUUCAUGGCCUAUCACUUUCAGCAUCUUCUGACUUGUAAACCUCUGAAAAAAUCUCCUCCUGGGACUGCAAGCUCAUAUUCUGUUCGUGUAAACUUAGAGGCAAUUAACUUCCUUAGUGACAACUGACAUAGAGUUCCCCUACAAGUCUGUCACCAUGCAGUGACACUCAUUCAGACCACAGUCUGAAACCACGACUAGACCUUGGUCAAAGAAACACACAAAGGACUGUUCCCAGCACGGAAAGUGUCCCAAAUCCAGACAUUGCUUUCUGUCAGUUCUUUGGCAGACAUCACAGGGGAAGCUGCAGUGAACAGCUGUACAACAAAAACAGAAAAAACUACUCAGGUCAUUCAGUUGAUAAUUCACGUGCCAGUUUUCUUCACUGGUGUAUUUUCUAAUGCUCUGGCAUUACUGGUAUUUCACUGCAAGCAGAGCAAGUAGUCUGUGUGACAAGUUCAACCACUGAACACUGUUUAGCCCUCAUUCUGCCUUCUAAAUUCUCUUUUCACAGACAGGAAAAGAUAUGGAAGACAAAUAGUGCCCAAUCUUAACAACCAUCUAUUGCUUAAGGAGAUUUGUGUGUUGUCACCCCUGUAGCCAUCAACAAAUGUGCUGCAAUUAACUGCCCUCAGAAAUCAAGAGGCUUCUUGGCAGACAUCUCUUACAAUCCUGGCAAGUUGGUGUUCAGCAAGGAAAGACACUUCUACUUCAGGAACAGCAUAGAGAGCCUUCAAAAACAUUUUUGGACCUAGAAUUCCCUUCUGGAACCUCACGUCUCAUUGCUUAUAAUGAAUAGCUGUUCCAAAAAAAUUAUUAUGUUUUUUUUUAUUAUUUUGAAAAAAGAUAUGAAGAUUUGUAUCAACCUGUUAACCUACUGUUAAUCUAGAAAGCAAACAACUUGCUUGGUUUUGCAGAUUCAGUCAUGCUGAUGUUUUCUCUCAGUUAACAUGCAGAAUUGUUCAAUUUCUAGUGGGCUCCAAAUAGGUCAUCUACUCUGAAAUACAGAACAGCAAUGCUUUUAUACAUGUAGCCUCACAUACAGGUCUCAUAAAUGUUCCUUUUUCCUACCUUUU